CCUGACAUCAUGGUGCAUUUUACUGCUGAGGAGAAGGCUGCUAUCACUAGCCUGUGGGGCAAAGUGAAUGUGGAAGAGGCUGGAGGCGAGGCUCUGGGCAGGCUCCUGGUUGUCUACCCCUGGACCCAGAGGUUCUUUGACAGCUUUGGCAACCUGUCCUCUCCCUCUGCCAUAAUGGGGAACCCCAAGGUCAAGGCCCAUGGCAAGAAGGUGCUGACAUCCUUCGGAGAUGCUGUUAAGAACAUGGACAACCUCAAGGGCGCCUUUGCUAAGCUGAGUGAGCUGCACUGUGACAAACUGCACGUGGAUCCUGAGAACUUCAGGCUCCUGGGCAAUGUGAUGGUGAUUAUUCUGGCUUCUCACUUUGGCAGAGAAUUCACCCCUGAGUUGCAGGCUGCUUGGCAGAAGCUGGUGGCUGGGGUUGCCACUGCUCUGGCCCACAAGUACCACUGA